CUGCUCUUUUUUCCACAAUCCACAAAACUAAAUCCUUCAAGCUCUAGAGUCCUUCUGUUUCUUAUCACUUUAAAAUCAAACCAAAAUCUCUUCAACCCUUUUCUCCUUAGAUUCUUACUUCCUCUGCCCACCUGAUUAGCGUCAACUCUAUCUCCACUACAUCCACAAAUGUUUCUAUCAAAGCAUAGAUUCUUCAAAUUUAGAAGCCCAGUUUCCUUCCCAUGUUCUAUAAUUUGGGGUCUUUUCAUUUUCUGAAAGGCUUUUAAUUCUUGUCAAAUUCUUUUAGUCCACAAGUAAUCUUCAACCGCACCUCUCAUUAGCCUUUUGAACACAAAAUCAGUGGUGUGACCCUAUUGUGGGACAAUACAACAUAUUAUUGUCCUCCUCUAAACUAUACAAAACAGUUUCUUUAUACACCUAUAUAUUCCACAAAAAUAUCUUAAAGGGUAGUACCCCUUUAAUUUAAUUUCUGGUUUUAAGUUCUAUCUCAAGAGUGUUGUUGACACAAAUGGUUACCAAAAAUUUCUACGAGCUUUCUGGUGGAGUUGUUAAAAUGGCUUCGAUUAUGCUUUGUGUUGACUACUCAAGGCUCUUGUGGCAAUCGUUUGGUGUUUUCUCCUAUGAGAACCAUGAGUGGAAGCCUCGGAUCAUCUAGCACAUAGCUACCUUAAUUUUCAUUUGAUUUUUAAGAUCAGGUUGAGAUUAAAUAUACAAUAUGUUGUUUUAAUUUGUUUGCAAUUAAACUUUCAAUAAGUCUAUAAUACACACACAGUACCGGUUAAGUCAGAAUUGUUGAUAGUGAUCAAGUAACAGCUAGAACCAUGUACAAGGGGAGAUUGGGAGGCAAAGCUCAGCUUAUUGGAUAUGUUGAAACGGAUCCAUCUGGUCGAUAUGGACGUUUCAGGGAUAUUUUAGGCAAAGGAGCCAUGAAGGUAGUGUAUAGGGCAUUUGAUGAGGUACUUGGAAUAGAAGUGGCUUGGAACCAAGUUAAGCUUGGUGAUGCCUUCAAUUCACCUGACAAACUUCAUCGCCUGUAUUCAGAGAAUCAUCUCCUCAAGAACUUGGACCAUGACUCUAUCAUCACCUUCCAUAAUUCUUGGAUUGAUGUCCAUUGUAGAACUUUCAACUUCAUCACUGAGCUGUUCACCUCUGGCACCCUACGAGAGUAUAGAAAGAAGUACCCUCAAGUAGAUAUCAGAGCACUGAAGAACUGGGCUCGCCAGAUUCUAAGUGGUUUGGAGUAUUUGCACAGCCAUGAUCCUCCAGUGAUACACAGAGACCUCAAGUGUGACAACAUCUUCGUAAAUGGCCAUCUGGGGCAGGUCAAGAUCGGUGACUUAGGCCUUGCAGCCAUUCUUAGUGGCUCCCAACAAGCCCAUAGUGUCAUAGGUACACCAGAAUUUAUGGCACCAGAAUUGUAUGAAGAAGAGUACAAUGAAUUGGUAGACAUAUACUCCUUUGGGAUGUGCAUGAUAGAGUUGUUCACUUUGGAGUUCCCAUACAGCGAGUGCUCCAACCCUGCUCAAAUAUACAAGAAAGUUACUUCUGGGAAGCUGCCAGAUGCAUUUUACAGAAUUAAUGAUUUGGAAGCUCAAAGGUUUGUGGGAAAGUGUUUGACAAAUGUCUCUGAGAGGUUGUCAGCAAAGGAGCUCAUGUUGGACCCGUUUUUAGCCAUGGACCAACUUAGCUCACCAUUGCCAAGCCCAACAUUACCUAAAAAACAUGCUAGCCUGCUCAAUUUCAAUGCAGAAGUUUCCAAAGAGCAACCUUCAAUGUGUGACCAAACAAAGACCACACACAUGACCAUCACAGGGACAAUAAAUGAAGAGGAUAAUACAGUUUUCCUUAAAGUACAAAUUUCUAACAAAACUGGGAAUACAAGAAAUAUAUACUUUCCCUUUGAUAUGAUAAAUGACACUGCUAUUGAGGUGGCAAUGGAGAUGGUUAAGGAACUGGAAAUUAGUGACUUGGAACCAGUAGAGAUUGCUGAAAUGAUUGAGGAGGAGAUAUCAACAUUAGUUCCAACGUGGAGAGAUUUUGGUACUUCUAAGUAUCAGCGACAACACAGUUUUAACUAUGAAGAAGAUGAUGGUAUCAGUAACCACCAUCGUUUCUUCUCAUUAUCUUCUCGCUCUUCCUCUCACGGUUCUCUCCCAAUGUUUGAUUCUUCCUACAAGAACAUCCACCUUUAUCAGAACCAUAACACUUUUGCUCAAGAUUGGAAUCAAGAUGAUCUAUCUAUGAAUGAUGAUGAAAGCUCUCAGAGCUCAAUGAACUCCUUGAGGUGUUUCGAUAUCCACUGCUGCGACUCAGGGAAUGAACAUGAGCAUGGUGCAACUUUUGCAGUAGGAGCAGAACUACUUUGCAGUACGCCAAAGGCCAACAACAAGUGCACAAGAUUCUGUCCUCGAGAAGAGGUGAUGGAGGUUGAUAUCACUAAACAGUUUUGCAACAUGAGAAUGGAUUCUCACUCUCAUAGAUAUCAUGGACCGGGACAUGGAUGUCGAAGGUUGAAAAGGAUACACUCGUAUGUUGAUGUGAGGAGACCACAACUGCAAAGAUCACUGAUGGAGGAGAUGCACAAGAGGAGGGUGAUCAAGACGGUUGGAGCUGUUGAGAACUUUGGGUUUCAGGAUCCAGAAGAAGGUGGAUGUUUUUCUUGUUGAAGCUCCACGGAUUCAAAAGCUCUUCUAUUUCACUACUUUUGGGUGUUUAUUUUUUAUUGCCUGUCCAUGAAUGUUUAUACACCUCAAGGAGACAAGGACUCAUUUGUAUAUUGCAUAAUAUUGUGAAAUACUUGUAAUAUAAUUUAAUAUAUGUGUAUCUUAAUUCUUAAGAGGUAUUCACUGA